AUGGCCUCGGCCUCGAUCCCUAAGGGCCUGGGGAACACACCGAUGGCCCUUCUUCCGCCCAUCCCGCUAUACAGACGUCUCCUCCGCGCACACCGAAAGUACCUGCCUACGGAGAUGAGGCUGUUGGGCGAUGAGUACAUCAAGGCUGAGUUCCGCGCGCACCGCACCGUGGACAACCCGGCACAUCUGAUCGGCUUCCUCACAGAAUGGCAGCUGUACGCUCAAAAGGUAGAGGGAGACCAGUGGAAGGGCGACAAGAUCGACCCUGUAAAGAUCGCCAAGAUGAGCGAUGAGCAAAUCGGUCAGCUGUAUGAGCUGAUGCAAGCAAUCAAGGACCGCAGCAAGCAGCAGGGCGAAGGUGAGGAGGAGUCAUAG